CUCACGCUCUUCGUGUGCUGCGAAACUAGCGCAGAGGCGGGAUGCUUCCAGACAGAAGGGGAUAAAGCCCGCAGAGCCUGUUAUGUACUGGGACAAUAAUAACCUUCUCUGCCUGGGAGCCCAUCCUGCUGAGACUGCUGAACUAAUUGAUAGAAUGAUGCAAAACACUCUUCUUUGGUGGAGCAACUUAUACGUCAGACUGAUGUUUGUCUUCUGGCCGUGGGCAUCAGCUGGAAAGCAAUGUCAUAUCCAAAAUGAAAUGGCUGACUGCAGUCACCUAAAGCUGACUCAAAUUCCCUCUGAUCUUCCAAACAAUAUAACGAGUUUAGACAUUUCUCAUAAUCAGCUAAGACAGCUAGGUCCUGCAAAUCUGACCAAGUACAGCCAGCUGGUUUACUUGAAUGCAGGCUACAACAGCAUCUCUAAACUGCAACCAGAAUUGUGCCAAAAUGUGCCCCUCUUGCAGACUCUGAAGUUAGAACAUAAUGAAUUGCACAAGUUCCCUGACAGAGUCUUUGCUUCCUGCACUAACCUGAUCGAGCUCAAUCUAGGAUACAACAGACUAAGUAUAAAAAAUGAUCCUUUUAAAACGCUGGAGAACUUGAAUAUUUUGGACCUAUCCCAUAAUUCCUUGAAAUCAGCCAAUUUAGGAUCGGAGCAACAGUUGGAGAAACUCCAUGAGCUCAUGUUGGGUAGCAACCAAAUCACUGAGUUGAAAAAAGAAGACUUCAAUUUUCUUAGAAACACCUCAUUGAAUAGUCUUGAUUUGUCAUCAAAUCCACUAAAAGAGUUUCAUACGGGAUGUUUCCAUACAAUUGGAAAUCUGUUUGGCCUCAUACUGAACAAUGUUGAACUUGGUGAAAAUCGCACAAAUAAACUUUGUACAGAAUUAUCAAACACAGCAAUUCAAAACCUCUCAUUGAGCCACGUGAAACUUUCCUACAUUGGCAAGUCAACUUUCCAGGGACUGCAAGGAACAAAUCUUACAAUUUUAAACCUUUCCCAAAAUUCUCUCUCUGUCAUAGAAAAUGACUCAUUUCAGUGGCUUUCAAGUUUACAGUACUUAAACCUGAAGCUUAAUAAAAUUAAUUUAUCUUCACGUUUAUUUUAUGGAUUAUCCAGCCUCAAAUAUUUGAAUCUCAUAAACUCACUUACUGGGAAAAUUGAAGAUUUUUCUUUUCACUGGCUAUACCACCUGGAGUAUCUUAUAAUGGAUUAUAACAAUUUUCCAGGAAUUACUGCUAAUAUGUUCACAGGUCUGAACAACCUGAAAUAUCUGAGCCUCUGCAACUGCAACAUAAACUUACAAAGAAUAACUAAUAAAACAUUUUUAUCACUUGCUAAUUCUAGCUUACAGGUUCUCAACCUCACAAAAACCAGAAUCUCUACAAUAGAAAGUGGGGCAUUUUCUUCCCUGGGACACCUGAAAAUUCUUCAUCUUGGUCUCAAUGAAAUUAAUCAACAGCUUACAGGCCAUGAGUUUAAAGGUCUCGAUAACUUACAAGACAUUUACCUUUCCUAUAAUAAAAAUUUGACUUUGCAAAGUGAAUCAUUCAUUUUUGUUCCAAGUCUUAGAAAACUGAUGCUGAGGAAGGUAGGCUGCAGUAAUCUGGCACUUUCUCCCUCACCUUUUCAUCCUUUACGAAACCUGACUGUCCUGGACAUCAGCAAUAACAACAUAGCAAACAUAAAAGAAGACUUGUUUGAUGGACUUGACAAACUUGACAUCCUGGAUUUGCAACACAAUAAUUUAGCCCGGCUUUGGAAACAUGCAAAUCCGGGUGGCCCUGUUCUUUUUUUAAAAGGUCUUCCCAAUUUGCAAAUUCUUAAUUUAAAAUCAAAUGGGCUUGAUGAAAUUCCAGUUCAGGUUUUCAAGGGUCUGUUUCAAUUAAAACUCUUGGAUUUAGGAUCAAAUAAUUUGAAUUUGCUUCCUGCAACUCUGUUUGAUGACCAAGCCUCUCUGAAUUCAUUGAACCUUCAGAAAAAUCUGAUAACCUCAGUUGAAGAAAAAGUAUUUGGCCCACCUUUCAGGAGCUUGAGAAAACUAGAGAUGGAUUCCAAUCCCUUUGACUGUACUUGUGAAAGCAUUGCUUGGUUUGCUGAUUGGCUUAAUGAGACCCAAGCAGAUAUACCUGGACUGAGGUCCCAGUACAUUUGCAACACCCCACCUAAAUAUCACGGUAGUCUGGUUUUGUAUUUUGAUAGCUCAGCUUGCAAAGACAGUGCACCAUUUAAACUUCUUUUUGUGAUCUCUACCACUAUUGUGACACUACUCAUUUUUAUCGUCCUUACCAUCCAUUUUGAAGGGUGGAGGAUAGCUUUCUACUGGAAUAUUUUAGUCAAUCGAAUGCUUGGUUUUAAAGAAUUUGAGAGACAACAGGAACGGUAUGAUUACGAUGCCUAUGUUAUUCAUGCAAGGGAGGACAAGAACUGGGUGUCUAAAAAUUUCAUGUCUCUGGAAAAAAAUAACCACUUUGAAAUUAAGUUUUGCUUAGAAGAACGGGACUUUGAAGCAGGUGUAUCUGAAUUUGAAGCCACAAUUAACAGCAUAAAAAUGAGCAGGAAGACUAUUUUUAUUGUGACUGAACACCUCUUACAGGAUCCCUGGUGUAAAAAUUUCAAGGUGUAUCAUGCUCUUCAGCAAGCUGUUGAACAAAGUCGGGACUCCAUCAUACUGAUCUUUCUGGAUGAUAUCCAAGAUUACAAGUUGUAUCAUGCACUUCACCUGAGAAGAGGAAUGUUCAGAUCUCACUGCAUCUUGAACUGGCCAGCCCAGAGAGAACGAGUCAGUGCAUUUCACCAGCAAUUAGUGAUGGCACUUAAAUCUAAAAGUAAAAUGCGCUGAUUUUUGAACUACGGAUUUGAAUGAUGGGGUCAUUUUAAUGUGUAUUUUCUACCACUGGAAAAUUAGCAAGCCUUCAUGAAGGUCUGAAAAAGUUUGUCAUCCUGUAAAUUUAUGUAAGAGUCACUGUAAUUUAAAUUUAUCUGUUUAUAUUCAUAUUUUUGCUGGUAUUUUAAUUCAGCUGCACUGAAGUGAUGUUAAAAGGGAUCAUAGUGGAUAGUCAUUUCAAUCAUUGCAUUAAAAAUGUGCUAGGAGUUCUGAAAAGCAGUGAGAAUCACUGAUGUUGUAGGAAAUGAUGUAGGGUAGAAAAGACAGACUCUCUAAGGGGAUAUCCAAAAGAAAAUGCAUUAAUGAUGAAACAGAAAGUCCUUUGUUGAAGGUAGAGUGGACACUACUUCUUGCUUUUGAAACAUGGGGGAUUCAGUGCUCAAACUGGAAAGUUUUCCUUGAGAAACACAGUAACACAGAAAACUACUUUUGUAAUUCAAAGUAAGAAAUAUCUCAAUUUCAAAAUGAGUUUUAAAACCUUUAUGAUUAUGCCUUCUGGAGGGACUAAUACUGGUUGCUAUCAAAAAGUGACUUUCAAGCUGAUGAGUCAAAUGAUUCAAUAGAUUUGGUAUCAGGAAAAAAAUUGUUUUGCUCUUCUCUGGUGACAUUCAGAGAGUUGGCAUUAAUACUGAGAGACAUUAAUACUGAGAGAUGUCACCUUGAUUCUUAGAAUGCACACAGAACUGUAUGUGGGCCUGUACACAGAACUUGAAAUCGAUGUGAAGCUUGGCCACAGAACAGCUGCUGCACCUGUAUAAAAUUAAUAAAGGCACAGAUAUGUUUAUAAUAUAACCAGAAGAUGACUUUGUGGAGAAAGUUGUGCUACUGCAAUUUCAUUACCAAAAAUUUUGUUACUGGUGAAAAAACAACAACAACAACAAAAAAUAGUUUUAAAUACUAUCAGAAACAUUAUUGUGACUACAGUUAGAGGUAGAGUGGGAAAAAAAUUCAAAACUAGAUUAAUUUCAAUUUUUUUGUUUCCUUUUAUACAGUUUUGCCUUUGAUAGCUAAAAGGAAAAUUGUAAAGAAAUCAGAUAGAAUUGUAUAGUUUAGUUUCUUGCAUAUUACUCUAAUUUGAUCUUUUUCCUGAACAUAUUUUAUGGAAAUGUGGGCUAGAUGGCAACUGCCAGGGUAUUAAUGCUCAAACAUAUGGGCUAGCUGCUUGAUCUGGAGAGAGAGUAAAAUGUGCUUUGCAAGUGUGUUAGUAAUGUUGAACACUGACUAAAAUGCUAUGGUGAGUCUGAGCACAAGUUGUUGUAAAUUAGACACAAGGCAGUUGUUUGUAUAUUUUUGUUAAUAUUUAAUUGCUGCUUCAAGGACUUUUAAAAACUUUGUCAGCUUUUAGUAGGUCUGUGAUCCUUCAAUAGUUCAGGAAUAUUUUUAAACCUAAACAAGACAAAUAAUUAGUGAAAUAAGGUUUUUCUUGCACUGAAAUAGUGAAGGGGGUGCAGAUGCCUUCACAUGCUUGGGAAGUCCUGAGUGAAAACUAAACAGGCUUUGUUUACAGCUGAAGUGAUAGAUGAUGAUUCCCUAAUUACAGUAAUAGGAUUAUCCCCAUUGUGAUGCUUUCAUCUCAUCUUUCUGAACUAUUCAGGUGAAGUGACAAAUUCUUUCUUCAUGCUUAGGCCAUGAAAGUUGAGGAGGCAAGUUGGUAAUUAUGGUGUGCCAGGAAUGCACCAUGUCAAUUGUUCCUUGUCUUAUUUAAAGACUAACAUGUGACAGGGCUCCUAUCCUAAAUCUGCAAUGACACACAGCAGCAGAAUUUCUCUUUCCACGUCAAUAUAAAUUGUUUAGAAAAUGCUAGUAGUUCACAUGGAUAUUAAAAAUGACAUAAAGAUGAAGAGAAUGCAUGGAGAAAUGCUGCAGUGAAAUGUGAUACAAGAGGUCAGACUAGAUGGUCAAAUGGUCUUUUCUGACCCUUAGAGCCUGACAAAUGACAGCAUGUCAGCAUUCCUAAAGAUUUUUCUAGUUACUACAAAAGCCCCCAAAAUUGGUUUCAGAACAGCAAAAAAAAUGUUAUGAAAGCUUAAUUUUGUAAUACAGCUAGCAGUACAAAUAAGAAGUACUUGGUGAUGGGUGAAAAAUCCCUUUAAAUUAUAAACAUAUGAUGAAUAUACUCUAAACAGUUAUUUUAGUACCUAGAUUCAGUUUAAAAUAAUUUACCACAGUAAAAGACAUUAUAAAGGUUCACAAUGAGAAUAAGACUAAGGUAUUAAAAAAGACACAAAAGUAAUAAUCACAGGGCCAGUGGUAAUCAUCAUUUAUACCAGACCUAAAAUUUUCCUAUAAAUUUUCCCUGUUUUUCUGAAAGUUACCUACUUACGCUCUGCUUCUGUAGAUUUGUUUGAUAAUUUUAUUGAGAGUAAAUAAAUGGGUUUACCAUG